AUGGAAGGUCGGACACCCAUCAGCGAUCCGCUCUUCAUGAGCAAAGAAUUAGACUUCGACCUAGACUCUGCAAGCCAUGAUUGGAAUAACUUGCCAAUACCACUGAAUGCUCCGUAUGAUACGAAUGACGCAGCGUUUGCCGACGUACAUUUGGAUACCUUUCCAGAUACAGUCAACACAAACAAUAUCAACUCAUUUGACACUUACCCCGACCCAAAUAACCUAACCCUAUUUGACAUUCAAGAGCUGCCGACUCUAGAGACUAUUUGCCCUGAUACCUUGCCUAUGAACUGGGACUUCAUGACGAUGCCCACAAUCAAUGACCUCGUCACUACUACUAUUUCUGGUUCGAUAACGACCACAGAACUCUCCAAUUACUCCUCAACUUAUACAAACUCUUCCUCACCAAUGACUGAGAGUCCCUCAGGACCAUCACAGUCACAAUUAUUUGACUCCCUAUCGACGAAAGAUGCCGAAAACGCAUCAAGUACCACAACUAGAAGACGAAGAACGAAGAUGGAGCCGGGCACCAGGCCUUGUGAUCUAAAAAGACAAAAGCGAAAAGAAGACAAGCCGGAGAAGUGUCACAUCUGCGAAAAGGGGCACCAGUGGAAACGCGAUCUGGAGAGGCACUAUCGGAGUAACCAUCCAGACGAAGCAGCCAAUAUGGGUCUAAGUCGAAGCAGGCCUAUAUUGUCGUGUACAGCCCGACUGGACAAGGCUGUACAUGUUCCUUGGGUUGUGGAAGCCAUGUUGGCCACGCCCGAUGACAAAAAGAUGAAGAGGAUGCAGUUCUUUAUGCCAAAAUCAAGAGCUUAUGAGUGCAAAAGAUUAAGGACUCCGGAGGACACCCUUUCAGUCAUGUCGCUCGACGAGGAGCCCCUUCACCCAGCCCCCGAAGGUUACUACGUAAAGGAUGAGUGCCCGAAUAGAGCGGAGCAGUUCACUUUCACUUGUCCCUACGUCAACUGCGAUGGCUGGAUCUUUGUCUCCGCUGAAGACUUUGCAGCUCAGCCUGCACUUCAACGACAUGCCAAGGCAAGCAAACAUAACACCCAGUGGGUGUAUGAAGAUGAAGAAUGCGAGAUGGUCGGAGAAAUUUUCGAGACGAACGCUCUCUUUCGCCAACAUGUUCGAAAGUCAAGCGGUCACAAAUACUGGGUUGGCGACGAAGAGACUGCAGAUGAUAACGACUCGGUGUUCACACCAUCUCUCAAUUCCGGCCAUCACAGCACUGAAGAUGAUGUUUUUGGCCCUUUCGCAUCAGGUGGCAAUAUCUGUAACGAGCCAUGCUGCCGACACUACCGUACAGAUUACAAGUGCAAGUCCGAGUUCAACCGCCAUGCAGACACAGGCGCUCAUCGAACAGCUACGAAUUUGAACAAAGUCUUGCUCUCGAGCAUCCCGACUGCCUCUGCACUCCAGGCUGAGCAGGAAGGUCUUCAAUCUUUCCGAUGCACUUCUCGUCGCUGCCACCGACACGGGGAAGUCUUUGGUACAGCAAAGGCUUUCUUCCACCACCUGAAAGACGACGAACAUCGCGACGGAUGGUCUGUCAAGUUCGACGACGAUGACCUCGAUUACAGUAGUGAUAGAGAUGUCUUGCCUGGAAUUCAGUUCUAUGCUGGUGGGAAGAAAGGCAGAUGUAUCAACGAGAAAUGCCCCAAGUUUCGUUUCCAGUUCGACUCUUAUGGCGCUAUGAAGCAGCACAGCAGAUCACUAGGUCACGUCCAGGCGGAAGGAGACCUGGAAUCUUCAGACGCAGAUGAUUCAGGCGGAGAAGUCUGGAAGAAGAGCGAUGUUCACGGCAUGGAUGUUGCUGAGGAUGGAUUACUCUGGAAGUGCACUAAACAAGGAUGCAAAAAGUUCAACAUUGUCAUCAAAGGGCUGAGAAAUGCGAAGAGCCACUUCAGCUCAGUCGCUCAUCUCGAGGCCGCCGAGGAAUUGAAUGAGUUCAUCAGUUCGUCUGACGAAUCCUUUGAGCAUAUCGAAGGCAUGGAGUCCUUGAGGGAUGGCGACGGUUGGAGGUGCCUCAAGCGUGGUUGCAAGAAGUUCAACAAGUUAUUUCAGCAUCUCGGAAACGCAAAGAAGCACGCCAGCGGUGACAGCCAUGCCUUUGCUGAGGAGCCCGAUUCUGCAGAUGAGAACCUCGACGGGGUGGAGUACUCAAUGGAGGAAGGCGUCUGGACCUGCGUCAAGCCUGGCUGUAAAAGGAUCAACGCCGUCUAUCAGCAUCUCACCAGCGCCCAAAAACAUGCCAACGCGAACUUCCAUGCUCUGGCUGAGGAACUUCCUGAGGAGGUCCUGGAAGAUAUCGAGGGCAUGAUGGUUUUGGAAGGGGAGAGCACUUAUAUGUGCAUAAAGUUCGACUGUAAAGGCUCAGGCAAAACCUACUCCAACAUCCGUGCUGCCAAGCUGCAUGCAAACGCUGGCCCUCACAUGAAAGCUGGCGAUAUUUCAGCUUUCAUGCCUAAUCAGUUUAAUAUGGACUUAUUCGCGACCCCGACGCGGACUCCCCGGAAUCUACUACUCACGCCUAUGGAGACAGAGAAAUCAACAAUCUUUAUCACUCCAGGAAACCCUUCUACUGGCCGUGGAGGCAACCCUGCGGGACAUGCAGCAAGCGCCAGAACGAGUACGUCUACUCAAACUCCGGUGACGAUUCGACUACAACGAUCUGAGGUGACUAGAGCCGGUAAUGACAAACGACAGGAAGAGCUUGAGAAGCAGAAUAGAGAGUUGGAAAGUCGUGUUGCCAAGCUGGAGAUGCAAAUGGGCGAGGUCCUCGGUUUGCAGAGUCCUCAGAUCCAGCACAAUGUGCAGUUUCAGCAGAGCCCGCUAGCUCAGCAGAGUCGACAGUUGUUUCAGCAAAUCCCUGCAGUUCCUCAGAUUCCUGAGACUACAUGCGCGCGUGUCGAAGGUUUAUCCAAGUUUGUGCGAGCAGCGUACCGUCCUAAGAUGUCGAUGCCCUUAAACGAGGAUGAACUCUGA